AGUAGCUGAAGGUUAGGCGGUAGAGAGAGAGAGAUGCCCAUGAGCUUAGCCCCUCUAGGGGAACACGUCCUUAAUAUGAACUCAGGCAAUUCUCCAAUCACUAGACAACAGAUUCUGAAGGCGGACCUGGCGUCCUUUUGAAAGAGAAAUGACCAUACAUAGAUGAACAGCUGGCACUGUCUCUCCCUGAGUGACGAUCGGAAGUUUUUCAAAUCACAGGAAGGGUGUUGGUUACUUCGCGUGUCUGCAGCAGAAAGUUGAGUCCAUAGCUCGGGCUCGGUGAGAUUCACCCCCACUCCACCCCCCAGGAAACCAGGCAAGAAUGGCGACUCCGACUGAAGAGAUUGUAAAAACGGUUGACUCCAGGAUAGCUGUGGGAAUCGAGAUCACAAACAACAGCAAGCACUUUGACUUAACUGCAGCAGCGACAUUUGCUGAAUGUGGUGUUGUACAAAGUCCCCCACCUCCGAUCAUAGCGAAGGAGAAAAAAGGAACGUGUGUGUUCACCAAAACCCCAUUCUCACUCUAUGGCAGUGUUGGAGUCCUCAGCUACUCCUUUGGUGACCAGCAGUUCUCCCUUCUGUUCUCCAACCCACUUGACUGCAUCAAGUAUGACAGCGAGUUUGCUCUGUACAUUCCUGAUACAAAAACUAUGACUGAUCAGAAAUUGUACAGUAAGAUGUAUACACAACUGCAUGAAUCCAGUUCCUUCACUAAAACUGCUAUUGGAAGAGGGAAUGCGGCACUGCAACUGGUCAAAGAUGGAAUGGAGGUUUCAGGCACAAUGUCAAAUGUGCAUCACAAAGCUAUCAUUAAGUUGGAGGUUCGAGAUCACUUCUCUUCUCCAUACAAGCCGAAUAAUUAAAAUUCUCUUUGCUGGGAAAGUGUCUCAAAAUUCCAUCACUCACUGGAAUUUCUCAAUUGUUUAAUUUUCUAGUGCUGUCAGAUCAUACCAAAAUUAUUAAAUAAUCAUAGGUCUUUAAUGCCUUAUUAUACAGAAUAACGGUGUAGUAAUUUGAUUCAUAUCCAAUUUUUGUAAGGAUCUUGUCCAUUCAUAGGACCAUUAUUUUUACUUCGAAGACGUCUUACUCCUUUUUACAUAUCACUGUUAGAAGAUGACACAUUUGACUGAUCUCCUGUCAUUACACACACCAUCCUGACUUGGAUGACUACAGAGGAACUGUGAUUAUUCAAACGAGAUGGGUGGGCACUAUUUUGUUCGGAUAAUCGAUUAUUCAGAUAAUCGAUUUUACCCUAAACAAGGGAAGCCAUACUGAUCUAACACUGUGCUCUGCUGGAGAAUUUGUUUAAAUCUAUAAUUUUAAUGCCAUUCAAACAAACUAAUCUUUGCAUUCUGCAAAAUACAAGUUAAACAGAAGGGCUAAACCGUUACCAUCACAUAAAAACUUUAAAUGAAAUCCCAGCAUUAAACAAGGUUCUGAACAGCUUCAACGAUUGCAAGAGCAUUUGUCAGUUUCUGGGAACUCAGUGUCGCGAUAGAAGGACAGAAGCACUGCCUCGCACAUGCAUUUACAUUUUUGGCCAUUUUUUCAUGAACGGCCCGGUAAUGUGAUGGGAAUAUCCUGUGCUGUAAAACAUUUACUUUUGCAAAGAGCUGUGUAACCAACUCUUACCUAAAAAAAAAAUCCAGUCGCUGAUACUUGAGGUGUAUGUGUUUAGAGUCAUAGAGAUGUACAGCAUGGAAAUAGACCCUUCGGUCCAACCUGUCCAUGCCGACCAGAUAUCCCAACCCAAUCUAGUCCCACCUGCCAGCACUCGGCCCAUAUCCCUCCAAACCCUUCCUAUUCAUGUACCCAUCCAAGUGCCUCUUAAAUAUUGCAAUUGUACCAAUUGUUUCUUUGUUUUUGUCAGCAUUUUCACAUGUCCUUCAGUCCAGGUAAAUCGAAUAUACUUACCUCUUUGAUGUAACGUUUUUGCGGGACCUUGAAAUCUUCUUCAGAUACUUGAUAUUUGAAUAAUGGAGGUUCCUUUGUAUAUCUUUUUCUAUCACUGUCGCUGUGUCAAAUUCCUACAGCUCCCUUCCCAAUAGCACUCUGAGUGUCUGUACAGCCCAAAGACUGCAGCACUUUAAGAAGGCAAUUCACCACAACCACCAUCUCCUUCAGGGCAAUUAGGGAUGAGCUAUAACUGCAGACCUGGCCAGUGACACCCACAUCCCAUUAAAAGAAAAUCUUGCUCAUUGCCUCAAAUGUGUAACCUGCGAUAGAGGUAUCCUUCUCUUCUAUAAUCUAAAGACUUUUGUAACCUAAGCCUGGUAUAAAAAAUCCACUCAUAUUGAAAGUAAAUGGGGAUGUAUUUGUAACUUUGGUAAUAUUCUAAUUAACAUUUUAAAAAUGAGCUGCUUGUAAUACCUGCCCUGACACAGUCUCUGACACUCAGCUGACAUGUUAACUAGAUCAUAACAGAGAAGGAGAACAAGAGUCAAACUUGCAUAAUAUUCCAACCCAAAGACAGAAUGUGAAAAAACUGGACACCAAGACUGAGGAAGACAUAUGACAAUGGUCAUUUUCUAACUUUGCAUUUUCAACAGGGACCUUUGCUGACUUGAACUGCAUUUGAAACACGUGAUCAUGUUAUACGCAGUUUCCUGACCAGAAGGGAUUCCUCCAUUUCCUAUAAACAGAUCAUGUAGAUUAAACCUCCCAUCUGGACUGCACUUGAUGGCUCAGAGGUCACUUAUUAAAAGCAACUUAUGAGGCAGUAUCUCCAGCAUGGAACCUUGUCAGACAUGAGCACUAGCUGCAGUAUUGUGAUUUUAGUUUUCCCACCCUUACUCUGAACUAAAUAUGUAUUUUAUUUACAUAUUAAAGUAUUUAUCAGCUUAAAAUGGGAAAUUAUAGAAGUUGAACACUAACUUUGAAGAAUUUGGUGCAUGUUAAUGAUUGUUAGACAGUGAAUGAGAUGAAGGAAUGAAUGAAAGAUAAAAAUGUGGAAUUUAAAGCUUGAGGAUUGCAUCUUUUUAAUAAAAAUGAACGACUUCCUUCUUUUUAAUUUAAAAAAAAUGUAAACCCUAAAAGAUAAAAUACUUUUCCUCUGUCUGUCUCUGUUCUUUUCAUUUGAGAAGACAAAGUAAAUUAGCUUGCAUUUGGCUUUACUAACAUUGGUGCCUGAUUGUUAUACAUAUUUACCAUUCAUUCUAUUUUUUAGACAUAACACAGUUAAACUCCUAUGAAAUAGAAAACUUGUAUCUCAUUGUUUGAGCAUCAUUAAUCACUGUAUUUUUGUUAAAGAGAAAAUGUUAAAUGUCAGGAAUAAAAGAAUGAUUCAAAGAUAGGUAAGUGGAGUCCUAAACCCUUAUCCUAUUUUUUAAAAAAACUUAACCUUGAAGUACUAACCUUGUUGUACAUUUGACAUACUACCAAUAUUUUAGCUUGCAAUAAGAACAUUUGUAAUCAGUGUUGUAUGUUUUCAUGAUUAUUAACAAGACAUUAAACGCUAUUUACUAUUGUGUUCA